AUGUCCAUCCUCUUCCUCUAUCUUCGAAUAUUCCCAGAGCUCCUCAGCUUCCGAUAUUAUGUGAUUGGAACAAUGAUCUUCGUCACUCUUUCAGUGGUUAUUUUGACGCCCAUGGCAAUCUUGCAAUGCGUUCCCAUAGAUGCAAUCUGGAGCUUCAGUCGCGGCGAUGCAAGAUGUCUCAGCAUAUCAGGAGUCGCAUAUGCAAGUGCAGCAGUGAACAUCGCAACUGAAGUUAUCAUUUUGAUACUCCCAGUACCGUUACUUCGGACUCUUCGAACAUCAACAACCCAAAAAAUUGCGCUAUACAUGCUAUUCGGAUGUGGGAUAAUAGUUAUUGCGGUUGCAUCAGCGCGAAUCCCCAGCUUAAGCCAUGUCGAAGACACCCAUGAUCCGACUUUUUUGAACGCAGGUGUUGUAUACUGGACUGCUGCAGAAACGGCCGUGGCCCAUUUAUGUGCGGCUGCCCUAGCUAUACGCCCGCUCUAUGUCUCAUUGCGUGAUUUACUACGUCGACGGAGAGCAAGAUCUGACUCAGGUACUCCUUUUCCAAAGCCGUCUGGGGGCUCUCUACAACAGUCUAAUUCUAGGGAUGAAUCCGGCUCUCAUGGAGAGCAUCCUUUACAGGGUCCUGAUUUAGAGGAUUGUGUUUUCAAUCCUACUGAGAAAUUGGAAGCCGAUGCUGUAUAG